AUGCCAGAGGUGAAGAGUGAUGAUGAAUGGGAAACCGAAGUGGUCGUAGUUGAAGUUAACGGUGUAUUGGACGCGCGGUCCAUUCGACAAUCUAUUGCUGCCAAGCAGACAACUCUUCGACGACCUGAGACGGAAACUCCGCUCUUGCAGAUCGGUAAUUCGUUAUUCACCGGCAAAUGGCUUCGAACAGUUGGGACUGAUAUAAUACUACAGGCCGAUGGAGGACAACAUCUAAAGGUUCUUGCAGCUAGCGAUAAAAUGCUGAAGACGGAAAAAGCCUUGCUGACAGCCGCUAGCGCCGCUUCGUCCGCAGUACAGACGGCCGAUUGCGCACUGGGAAAGGAGCGGCCCCCUCAACGACAAAUCAAAAAGUGA